UUCUCUACUGAACGCAGCCAUUGAGUCGGAGGGGUUGGUCUCGAUUAUUUCGUACAAAACCGCGUCGAAUGAGCCAAAUUUUACGAAAUUCGGAGAUGAAGAAAGUUAACUGAAGAAUUGAAUAUUUGAUAUAAACGUCAACUGUGUUUUCAAAGCAAGAUGAAACAUCAAAAGAAUCGCGAAGUGACGUGGACCAUUCUGGAACUCAGAGGUUUCCUAGAAGACGAGGAUUCUCACGUGCACUUUGUGAGGACCAUCAAGCACAUUGCAUUACAUCCAUAUUAUUUGAACAAUAUUCAGCGAGGUCUAAAUCAGAUUUUAAGAUCGUUGUUGAAUACUUACGACAGAGAAUUGAAAGGGUUUGUACUGGCUUUCAAAAAUCCUAAAUUGCUUAGCAAUCUGGGAGAAUUGUUUUAUGAUUCUCCCUUUAUUCAUGUCGACAUUGAAGCAGAUUUCUAUCUGUUCCGUCCAAAGGCCGGAUCUUUUCUAAAAGGUAUAGUGAAUAAGAAGAGCUUGGACUAUAUUGUAAUACUGGUACACAAAAUAUAUACCGUAUCUAUUCCAAAACCAGAUAAUACAGAGCAAUGGUUAGGUGAGUCAGUGGAGAUUGGUCAGGAAAUAAGAUGUUGCGUCACUCAACUACAUCAUAAGAGCAAACCUCCUUUCAUCUGCGCCAGUUUGAAAUCCGAUUAUUCUCAAGGUUGUAGGUUGUCAGAAAGCAUAAUUAAUAUUAAUGAUGUGGACAGUGCACCUGAAAGUACAAAUAACUCUAUGAAGAUUGACAUUGAUGGAAUAUUGGAAAAUGACGGUAUUUCUGAGAAAGAGAAGAAAAAACAGAAAAAACACUGGAAAAAACACAAGUUUCAGGAGCGGAAUUCAGAAGUCGUUUGUAAAAUUGAAAAUGAAUCAAAGUUGAAUGUGGGAAGCAAUACUUCUACAAUUAUUAAAUCUGAAAAGAAACAGCAAUGUAUUUUAUUAAAUAUUGGUGUGGACAGUGUAACUGAAAGUAUAAAUAACUCUAUGAAGAUUGACAUUGAUGGAAUAUUGGAAAAUGAUGGUACUUCUGAGAAAGAAAAGAAAAAACAGAAAAAACACCGGAAAGAACACAAGUUUCAGGAGCGGAAUUCAGAAGUUGUUUGUAAAAUUGAAAAUGAAUCAGAAUUGAACGUAGGAAGCAAUAUUUCUACAAUUAUUAAAUCUGAAAAGAAACAGCAAUGUAUUUUAUUAAAUAUUGGUGUGGACGGUGCAACUGAAAGUACAAAUAACUUUAUGAAGAUUGACAUUGAUGGAAUAUUGAAAAAUGAUGAUAUUUCUGAAAAAGAGAAGAAAAAACAGAAAAAACACUGGAAAGAACAUAAAUUUCAGGAGCGGAAUUCGGAAGUUGUUUGUAAAAUUGAAAAUGAAUCAGAGUUGAACGUAGGAAGCAAUACUUCUACAAUUAUUAAUCUUGAAAAGAAACAACAAUGUAUCUUAUUAAAUACUGAUGAUUCUUUAAAUAACUUGAAAGUCGAUAAUAUCCCUAGAAAAUAUAAGAAAAACAAGAAAACAUCCAAAUCGCUACUUAAUAAUGAAACAAUUUUGGACGAAUUUACUGAGUCACGUAAAGCUGCAAAGAGAAAAAAUUCCAUUCUAUUAGAUAGUAUUACUGAAACAGAGACGAAAAAGGAAAAGAAAUGUGAAGAAAUCUAAAGAAUCUGAUUCAGAAUUUAUAUUAACAAAGAAAACGAAGAAGAAACAGUUAAUAGUACAAGGAAUAUUAUUCCCUAUCUUAAAUGUGAAGAAAAGCAAUAUGCUUAAGAAGUAUAUUGUAUUAAACGUUAAUACUUUUUCAAAUAAUUUAGAAAGUAGUGUAUUUACAAAAUAUAAGAAAAGCAAGAAGUCACCUAUAAUGUCAAAUUCGGAAUCAGAGACCCACGUUGUUAAAAUAAAGACUGAAAAGUAAGACCAUGUAUAAACUUAAGUCCAUGUAUAAACAGAAUUAUUAAUGAAAGAACAAAAAGCCAAACAUCAUGUAACGAGACUCAAGUCGUACAAAAUUUGAAUUAAACUUUCGAAAUGCCUAAGUUUAUGAAAAAAGGAAAUUUUAUUAAAUAUAACACUUUUGAAAAAAAAAAGGACGAAGGGUCCUAAAGAAACAUAAUUCAAGAGGCUCACAAUUAAAAUCUAUCGAAAUUAAGAAAGGAUAUGACAUAAAAUCAGUGAUGUCCGUAACUUCAGAUAACGAAGGGAAAAAAGUCUUCAGAAACAUGCAAAUUUGUCAAGAGAUUUAGAUUCUGAGUUUAAAAUUAAAAGUGAAAAUACAACGAACGAUAUAAAUGGUAUUUUUUGAAUGAUAUAAAUGAUAUUUUCCGAACAAUUAAACACGAUUCUGAUGGAUCUCAAUAUGAAAUACAAUAUA